GAGUGGAUCUCUGAACAAUAUGGCAGCAGGAACCACUUACUGGGCAGCUCCUAAGCAACUCAACCGUGAAGGCAACGUUAGCUAUGGCGAAAACUACCGCAAGUUUGACGAACAUUGGGCUCUUUUCGAAAAGACGGAAAUGAAAGGGAAGUCCGAGGAAGAACGAUGUUCCUACUUCUCCUAUGUAUCGGCGAGAAAGGACGCGAGGUCCACCAAACGCUCACCUUCCCAACGCCAGAAACAGAAGCCGGCGAAGGUGAUACGCUAG